CACGUCAGUAACACCCACAGCAGCACCAGCAGCCCCUCCUCCUCCUCACCCUCCUCCUCCUCCCCGCACACCACCCUUCCCGGCGGCGUUCCAGCACACCCCAUCCUCUCCGGCGGCUCCGGCACCCCCCUGCAUGGCACCCUGUUUGGGGGCGUGCAGCCGGGCACCCCCCGCGGCCCGGGACCCGGACUGCCCAUAGAGCUGGGCGGGGCGCAGGGGCCCCUGCCGCGACCCGACCGGCUGGGGCCGCCGGAGGUGCUGGGAGACCCGGUGACACUGGCGGGCAGGGAGCAUGAGGGCGACCCCCGCGAGGUGCUGCACCGGCUGCUGCUGCAGUCCACCCGCGGCCCCGACCUGCCCGCUUGGGGCAGCGGCACCUCCGCCACCACCACCACCGGGGCUGCGUAUGAGUGGGGUGGUGGCGGAAGCCCACAGGGUGAUGGUGGG